AUGUCUUGGCAUUAUACACGAUUCUAUCUAAUUGUACAUAUUUGUAUCGGUAUAUUAAUCAUUGGAUUUGAAUUAUUCUAUCGUUGGAUAAUUCAAACAUAUCAAAUUCAUAUUCGUAUAUGUCCAAAUGCAUUCUAUAUUGAAUUUAAACAAUUGAAUAAAAGUCAAUCGUUAAAUUGGUUUGAAAAUAAUAUUCAUAAUCUAUUUGAAAUAUUUUAUUCAAUUAAUAAUCAAUGUUUAAGUAAAGAAUUAAAAUUAAAUUUUAAUCCAAUAUUUAUUUAUCUUCGAUAUUUAUGGUUAAGUAUCAGUAGUGUUUAUUCUUGUUUUGUUUUAAAACGUGCUAUGGAAUUAGAAAAAUGUCAAAUCAAAUUAUCAUAG